AGAAGGGUGGGAUUUUGUGCAAGCCAGCGAGCCACCCACCCCCACCCCCAACGCCAAGUUCCUGCUCAGAACUUGAUGCUGUGGAUGAAACACAGGUCUCCUGCUAAGGAGUAGGACGGUCGUUGCAAGAUUUGGGGAGGGUUUGGGGUGCUUUCCCAAGUGCCCCCUUUCCGGACCCCCAUGUGCGCUGCAGCUGCUCCCCCAACCCACCCCCGGCUGAGCCGCUUCCAGCUCUCGAAAGCGUCAGGAUGGAAAUUCAUGCUUUCUGGCUGGUGCAACUUUUCCUCUUUGUGUUUUGGGUUAAUGGCUUAAUGACAAUCGGAUUAGCAGGUGCACAACAAGGAAUUGUCUGCAAUGAAUCCCUCAUGUUACAAAACUUGCCCAUGUGUGGGAAGUCCUUUGAAGAGAUGAUGCACAAGGUGGACUCUAAAAAAUGGUGCAAUCUAACAGAAUUUAUCCUGUAUUACAACAACUUUACCCUAUGUACAGAACACAAGGCUGUGACAGCAAAAUGUUUUUGGCCUAAUCCGCUUGCUGAGGGCUUCAUCACUGGAAUCCAUAGACAAUUCUUUUCAAACUGUACUUCAGAAAAAGUUCAUUGGGAAGAUCCACCGGAUAAAAUUCUGAUUACCCUGAUUUUCAUACCAGUUCUCCUGACAGCUGCCAUGAUCGGACUAGUUGUAUGGUGCAGCAAGAGAAGUGACAUUUUGGUGUAACUCGGCUUUCAUCGCCACUCUUUGUUCUAUUGCUUUGUUAUUUUUAUUUUCUUUCUUUUGUUGAGUCUGACUCACAGAAAAGAAUGAUAAAUUUUUAUACAUGAUAGGGUUCUAAGCUGUGUCAAGCAAUAAAGGGGAAAAUAUUUCUGUAGCCGCUCAAGCCUACUACCUACAGCCAUAACCGCUGCAACAAUAAUACAGAUAGUGUUUUGAAAGUGGACGCAAUGGUUGAUGAUCAUAUUUCUGGAAUGGAAGCCAUAUGGAGAGAACUGAAAACAUGAUUUGAAUCUGCUAUCUUCAACUACAGUUUGUUUUUCAAACUCAAGUGUUAAUCUGAGCUGAUGAACUAGUUUUUUUUUAACAUAACAUGUGCAUUGCUGAUCAGAUGUGAAUAUGUGCACAUGUACAUGUGUACACACACGCGUGCGCAAUCAUAUUUACCAUAGGGGUUGUUUCGGAAUUAAAUAUAAACAGUAGAGGCUUGUAAAUGAACUUUUGUGACUUAAACAGACCUUCUUCACCAAAGAGACAUAACUUGAGUCUUGCUGAAGAACAUUCAUUUCUUGUCCUUCUGUUUCCCAAAGUUGCAUAAACGUGCAAGUGCGUGUUAGAAAUGCUAGGAGAACAAAUGAUCAGUGAAUCAACACAACAUUGUUUUGGUUCUUCUCCAUACAAGGAAAUGGCCUUAAAGGAUCAAAAAUGGCCUUGGAAUUGGAAGCCUAUAGAAUGAUCUUCAGGAAGGAUGUAGGUUACUUUUUUAAAGCUGGAAAAAAGAAUGAGAGGAAAUUGGUCAACUAUGAAUUUGUCAAAGUGGCAAAGCAACUGUUAUAUCCCCACCCCCUUUAAAGUACCAUUUUUUAUUGUUAAUUAUAGGACCAUUUUGUCCCAGUGUGUUCCAAAAUCUGUUGUGCUUGCGAUAUGCUUUAAAUAGACAAAUCUAACAAUAAGGAAAUAUUGUAACUAUGUUAGUGCAGGUGCCUUUCAGAGUUUGUGUACUGGGAGAUGCUUUUCAUGUCAGGUAUUUGGAAAUGAACAUUCCAGACAGACUUGCAUGUGUAAGAUGGGAAAAUAAAUUUCCAUAAACAAAAGUCUUUACUAUGUGGGAAGCUGCAUCUUCGUUUUAAUGUAACAUGUGUCCCCCUGCCAAAAAACCCCAAUAGCUUACAGUAAAUUUCAAAUUUACCGCAUUUGAGGAGUCCUCCAAGCUGAACAUUCCACUCCAAAGUCUUUCAGUCAUAAACAUUUUUGUUUUCAUACCUCACCCAAUUAAAUAAAGCUAGAAUUGCUUACCAGCUGUCUGUUGUACAUACAGAAAAUGUGACUGUUAUCUGAGAUUUCCAUCUGGUGCUCAUGAUAUAACACCAUGUUGUGUACUGUACAUGAGAUGUGUGUCUCGGUCUAUGUUAACAUGAAAAUGCACUUUAUGUUACUGCUGUUUUUGUAUAAAGCGAUAUGGGGUACAAUUACCAAGUGCUCUUGUUGCAGCUUGACCUCUAUUCAGUUUAGCAGUGCUUGCAUACGGUUUCUACAAAUAACUCCAGCUAAUUUCCUUGCACAUUAGAGGAUUGCUUUUUGUAUCAGGGCUGAGAAACCGAAGAGGAAAAUCUGAUCAAGUUGCUACCUCUUCUCUAGAGCACCCAAGAAGGCCAAAGAUGUACCUUAAAUGGCAUUAUUUCCAAGUGCCAAUUUCAAGGUUUCUGGUUUCAUGAGGGAGAACAGAAAAUAAGGUUAUACAUUUUCCAGUUGUUGUAUGCACUAUGUACUUCUCUAAAAUCACAUUGUCUUGUCUACUAUGCUAAAGUGGGGAAAGACUG